AUGCCCAAAAUUCUGGACAGUGAUAUCGACUCACCAAUUGCCAAUCUGAUAAAGCGCAGCGGUACGGGCAACACCACCAACACCACGACCAACAACGGUAGCAGCGGCUCGAGCAAGCAGAGCGCCCACUACUCCAACGACACCACCAGCGAAAAGUCGGACGGCCCGUUUGAGGCGCUCGUUGGCCGCCAUCACAUUGUCAGUGGCGGUGGCGGCAACUCCAACUCAUCCUCGUCCUUCUUCUCGUCCGCGUACGACGCGAAGGAUGGGUCGAACGAGGGCGGCAGCAGCUACGGCAGCGGGCAUGUGUCGCUAGCCGUCGCUGGCGGCGGUGGCAGUUUGGGCGGUGGGUUAGGUACGCUAACGCAACCGUCCCAACCACCACCACCGCCACCGCCCGGUCAGAGUGCGUUCUUUCAAUCAACCAAUCCGGUCAGUCAUCACCAUCAGCAGCGAGGACACCGGUCCGCGGAUGGGGUUCCACCGGACAGUGGUAAGGGUACCGGCAACGCCCCAGAGCCGCGGGUCAAGAAGUAUCGCCAUCAGCAGUUCAGCAAGAACAUAUAUAUCGGCACGAAGAACGCGGAGAAGUGGGACACGCUGCGUAAUGUGCUGCUGUUCAAGAACGAUGUCGAGUUUGUGUCGUUUCUGUUGAAGUUGGCGGAGAGCAACUGCUGGAAGAAGGAUUCACCGCUUCUAAAUGGAUUCCACAGCGAAACGCUACCACUAAAACCUCAAGGAGCUUCUACCAAGAGCGGACGAACCAAAGCGGGAACCCGCGGCAAACAACAGCAACUUCAGGAACAUCCACCGGACGCACAGCAACAGCUGGAGCCGCAUCAGCAGCACCAACUGCACUCAUCUUCAAUCAGCUUCAGCAGCUCAAAGACACCCGGCAGCAUGGGCAAGAAAACCAAGAGAGUACAAUUUAACAAGAAUGUAAAUAUAAUCCAUAAGCUUGAUAAUCGGCGCACCGGCAAGAUGGUGUCGUUCAGUGACAAAACACUCUCGGACGAGCCAGCGAAUCUGCCACACCAGGACGAAGAUUCUACGGCCGUACCUGAGAUGGAUGAGGACGGUGGUGAAGGAGACGAAGACGAGGAGGAAGAGGAGGACGAAGACAUGGAGGAAGACGAAGAGGAAGAGGAUGAAGAGGAAGAGGACGAGGAGGACGAGGAGGAAGACGAAGAGGACGAAGAGGGUGAGGAUAAGGAGGCGAUGGCCGGCAAGACCGCGGAUGGUGUUGGGCCGACCGAACCGGCCGAUGUGCUACGUAAGACGGACGCAUUUCUCGGCGACAGUAAAGAGCAGGAACCGGCCGUCGCCAAUCACGAUCCGUACCUGAUGGAGGACAUCGUGAAGAAGACGAUGCGCAAAGUGCUCCCACCGCAGGCGGCGAACCAACCGCAGCAGAGCAACGAGGUGCAGCAGGACUCGAUCAGCAGCACGAUGGGCUCGGUUUCGGAGGACUCGCUCAACACGGAGACGGAGGUGCUGGACUAUCGCAUUGCAGAAAAGAUCAAAACUGAACUGGAGGAGAAGCAGAAGCUGGAACGGAAGACGCACCCGGCGGAGGAGUUACCGACGACGUCCAACUUUUUCGAUCAGUGUGACUUCGAUCCGGCCGCGAUAGAUGAGAAGCCGCCAACGUUGCCGGUUGUGAAGAAAGGUGGAACUGGGCUGGACCGUUCCCGAACCGGUACAUCACUUGAACAGUCGGUUUAUGGAGGUGGUGGUGGUGGUGGUGGAGGUGGUGGCCGGAAACGGGGCCGGCGUGCUAAUAAUGCACACGACUCCACCAACGUAGAUCUUCACAUCGAGUAUGAAGAGCAGGAGUAUAGGCCGCUUCCAGGCUCGCGAGCUAGCGAUGGUGGAACGGUGGAGAAGUCUAGCUUCGCACCCAAGCAGCUACCGCUGCACCCUACCCCAACGGCCCAGCGCAAGACGAAGGGUGUGGGUACGGCAAAGAACAAGGUGUGCACCGGGUGUAACGUGAAGCAUGGUGCGGACCUGUGCCCGCUGAACACGCCUCUGCGAGCGAUCAGCAACAAAAUCGAGCUUAAUCAGUGGCUGGAGCAGAACGAGGAUUUGAUCAAGAAGCACAAACUGUUCCUCAAACCGACCGGUAACGGCGAGGACAUGGACGACGAGAUGGACGAGCAGUACGAUGACGAGGAGGACGACGAGGAAGACGAUGUGGAUGAUGAGGAGGAGGAGGGUGGCGAUGGUAGCCGUGCGAAUGGGAAGCUGGAGCUAAGUCCCUCGUUCUCGGAGGUGUCCGUACCGCCCGAAUUUGAGCUACGGCUCUGUCCACAGUCGAGCGCCAACGCUAACGCCAUCACCAGCACAACACAGUCCGAGACGGUACAGCAACAGCAGGAACCACACAUGAACGCCAAGCUAAACCAGGACGCCGCUGCCCAACAGCAAGACCAGCAGGAACAGGAUUCAAUCGCCGACUCCAAAACAUCCCUACCGCCAUCCUCAUCCUCUUCCUCCAGCUUCACAGGGACGCUCGGGACGGACACGGUGCCGAAAAGUCGCCCGCUCACUGGACACGGACUAAGCAUCUACACGACCACCUUUAUUGCGAAGUAUACGAAAAUAGGACCCCUGACGGGGCAGAUAGUGCGCGAAACCGAGAUCCAGGACGACUGCACGAUGCGUCACAUCUUCGAAACGUUCGAUGGCGUCAAGUCGACGUACACCAGCACGGAGAACAAGAACUUCUCCAACUGGUUGCGCUACAUCCGGCCGGCCCGGAAUCGGGAGCAGAAGAACUGCGUACUACAGGUGCACGACGGUGGCAUCUACUUCGUGACGAGCAAGGAUCUGGAGCCGGGCACCGAGCUGCUGUACUGGAGCAACGAUAGCAACUCUGCCUGGGGCAAGAAAAAGAUGGAGAAAACGAACUGUGGUGGUUGCAAUCUGAAGUUCGAUCAUCCGUUCUACUACCGAACGCACUGCUCGGUGUUUCACGAUCCGGGCUUCAGCCUGACGAUUCGCAAGUACCACUGCAAGGUGUGCGGGGCGGCCGUGCUGGGCAAGGAAAACAUUAUGAAGCACGCGGAAAAGCUGCACGAUGGCAAGGGUGCAUAUCAGUGUCAGUUUUGUCAAAAGUUUUUCCUCCGGCUAAAUUACCUAGAAAUGCAUCGGACGUACGGUUGCAGUGCUAAUCCACAGCGCACCAGGCCACUAUGCGAUUUCUGCGGCCGAAAGUUCUGUCAGCCGCAAAAGCUGAAGGUACACAUCAAGCGUAUGCACAGCGAUAUGGCGGACGUGUUGCGUGACUUCCAGUGCAAGCUCUGCUCCAAGCUGCUCGGGUCGCGGGCCGCACUGCAGCGCCAUUCGAAGGAGGUGCACAGCCGUAACUCGGCCGUUGUGAGCUGCCCACGGUGCCAGAAGCUGUUCCAGAACCGGUCGAAUCUGAAGAUCCACAUGCUUACCCAUUCCGGCGUGCGGCCUUUCAAAUGCGCUGAAAAUGAAUGUACGGCUGCCUUUACUACCAAACAGUGUCUGCAGUUUCACUACAAGAAAGUACACGGAUAUACUCAGGAGCAAAUGCCAAAGAUUGAGCGAAGCGUCGCGUACACAUUCGACGCCUACUCUGGUGGCUUAAAUGAUGGAAUUAUCGAUGAAGUGCAGCGUCGACAGAGACACAAAUCAACCGCUUCGGAAGAGGGGGGCUACCCAAGUGAAAAGGUGGAAAGGAAAAAGCGCUCCCGACAUCUGAAUCACUUUGACGAGACAUCCUUACAUCAGCAGCACCAGUCACAGCUACAACCUCCGCUUCAGCAGCAACAAACUGACCUCGCCCAGGGUCUCGGGCAGGAAGCGAACGAUCCGAGCAAGGCAACGUCUCAACAUCUGCAGCAACAAUCAUCCCCCCAUCCUCAGCUGGACUAUCCCAAUACACCUCCCGCCUCACAACACUUAUCAACGCAUCAAUCAACCGCACAGCAGCAUCAACUAGGCUCGGUACUGCCGAAUGCUGACGUGCUCCAGAAAGAUGUCGAACUGCAUCAGCAAAAGCUGCUACGGCAACAGCAGCAACAACAGCUAUCCGUACAUCAGUCGGAUGAACAGCAGGACACGGUAGAUCAAGCGACAGGUGGUGGUCAGCUGCAACAUCACCAGCACGAUUUGCAUUCCGAUCCGCAGCACCCUUCGCUCGACGAUCAGGUAAUGGCGAAGGCAGAUCAGGAGGAGCAAACGAUGCACCAUCAUCACCAUCAUCAUCAACAGCUGGCCCGUUUACCGUCACCCUUCUCCAACAAUCUGCUGAAGACGAAAAACAUACUCGAAUCGUUUAACGAUCUGUGCCGCAACGAGAGCAACCUAUCGCUGCUGUCGACGAAGAUCUCCUCUAUAUUGAACAACAACCUGAAGGAUAUAGCGAAGGUGGCUGCCAUCGGUACGUCGGCGGGCAGUAACGCUGGCAAUGUGGAAGACAUCCGGAAGAGCAUGAUCGAUCAUCAGGGUAUGGAGGAGGGUCGUACGGAUCGGCUAGACGACAUGCAGCAUCUCGUCCAUCCGCUGCCGGAUGACCAGUCGAAGGCGAACAACUUGAACGUGAGUCAGCUGCACCGGCUCAACAUAUCAAACCAGCUCGAUGCCGGUACGGCGGCCACCCUACAGUACAAGACCAACAGCGAGGAUGAGAUGAAGAGCGUCGCUGAGGUGGACAAUAACUUCGUCGACAUGGCAUCGCUGGCGAGCAAUUUGAAGUACAAAGAGUACAUCAACGGUGGUGGCAAUGCGGGGCUGGUAAUAAGCAAGGGUAGCAAGAAAUGGAUCAGUGACACGGAUCAGCUGCCGGGCAGCGAUGGGCAACCGGGUGAGUCCGGUGUGAUGUUGAGCACGGUGAGCGGGCGUGACUUCCUUACCAAGCUUAUCAUGAACGGGAACGUGAACACGCCACCACCGAAUGUCGCAGAUGAGGAGGAGGAGGACGACGAUAACUCGACAAUCCUGGACGUGGUUGACUCGAACAACCAGAACCAGCAGAGCACGCACGCGCAGAUCCAGCAGUACACAUCGAACUUUACCGGGCUUAACUUGCCCGAUCUGCCUUCGUUCCAGAGCCACGCGUUCCAGGGUCACUUUAACCAUCAGACGCUGCUCGGUUCGUUCUACAAUAAUACCGGUUCGGGUACGGGACGUAACACGAUCAACACGAUACCGACGUCCGCUAGUAUGCUGGUGGAGGCGGCCCUUAACUCGGUCAGCAACAUCAUCACCGAGGCAGAGAUCAGCACCAACAACAGCAGCAACAACAACAACAACAAUAACAACCAAAACCAGGGCCUAAACAUUAACCACAUCGAUCCGGGCAGCGGGACGGACGCGUCCAGCAACAACGUGCCGACCAACACGUUCAAUGCGAACAGCAUCGACGAAUCGGUGGACGACAUGAAGCUGCUCAAGUCGCACCACUUCUCGAUGCAGCUCAACUCGAUCUCGCAGUACUCGGCCCAGUCUACCAACGAUUCGGGCAUCCUGUCGAUACGGGGCGCGGGCAGUGGACCCACCAGCCGACCGAAGUCGCGUGAGAAAAUCGCAAUCUACGAGGAUAGCGAGAUGCUUAACUACGAGAAUCAACACCUGAACCAGCAGCUGCAGGCCACACCGCACAAGCUUACGUCCAGCGUGGACUCGGUGCGGAGUGCCCUGUCCCCUGAGCAAACCGGAGACUUCAGCUACGCCGCUACCCCAAGCACCUCCACCAGCCGGCAGCACCUCGUCAGUGGGUCGCCGGUGCGUUCCAGCUCGCGCCAGAUCUAUGCCGAGCAUGACCUUAUCUCGCCCGCCUCCACACCCUCCCUGCCGCGGUACGACUUUGGGCCGACGGACAGCAAUUACGGCAGCUCGCGCCGCCAGGAUGCGAAGACGAUCAGUUCGCUCACGCUGGAAAGCUUCGAAUCGAACCUGAAAGACACGGCGGCACACCACAUGCAGCAGCUGUCCAGUGACGAGGACAACAGUAUCGUAAUUGCGGAAAAUCUGUCCGUGAACGCAGUGUCGACGGAGGAGAAGCUGAAGCUAACGAACGCGUCGGGUGCGGCGAACGGCAACAAUGGCAGUGCGCCGAGCGGUGGCGCUAGUGCGUCGGAGUUCAUCCAGCAUCAAAAGUACGGCGAAACGGGACGCACGAUAGGUGGGUCCAAUCUGCCGGCGACGGCCGAUAUGCGCAUCAAGUACGGCAACGACGACCUGGUGGACUUUCAGCAGCGCAACAAUAUUGGUGACGCUUCCGACUUUCAGGGGCUGGAUAUGUCGUCGCGCUCGUCCGUUUCGGCGUAUCAUCAUUCGAACUUCCAGCUGUCGACGCAGGCGGGCAGCAAUUUGCACUUCAAUCGCUACCACCAUCACAUCUACGACAUACUGAGUGAGCGUGAACAGCAACAGCAGCAGCCACAGCAACAACAGCAGCAGCAGCAGCAACAACAGCAACAGCAGCAACAACAGCAACAGCAGCAACAACAGCAACAACAAUCCCAACAGCAACAUCAUCAUCAGCAACAACAGCAGGCACAGCAGCAGCAGCACCAUCAACAUCAGCAUCAGCACCAUCACCAUCAACAUCAGACACAGCAGCAACAGCAGCAGCAACAGUCUCAGCAACACUCGCAGCAGCAACAACAACAGCAACAGCAGCAACAGCAGCAACAAGAGUCAUUCCAGCUGGAGCAAACGCAGCUGCAACAUCUCGUGCAAGAGCACGUCCAAAGCCAAGACUCGGACGCUGAUCAAUCGGUAACGGUUGACCUAAGCCGCAGUUCCAGCUACCUUGUGCAAUCACCACCAACACCCGCCAUCUCCUAUAGCAGCCAUCAUCAUCCCGAUAUGAUACGCAUGGUAUCGCUCGACCUUAGCUCCAACACCGGUUCGCACCAUACGGUCAACAACGGUUCGCACCACGCGGUACGCCACGCUUCCUUCAUAUCCUCCCAGAUACAGCCGGCCGACCAUCAUCGACUGCUCGCUGGCGAUCAACUGUCUGCCAGCAACCAUCGGCUGCUGGUGAGCGAUCCUGCCACACACCUGAUCUUCGAGCAGAACAACCGACUCCUGUCGGACGCUACCGGGCAGCCUGCACCGCCACCACCGCCACCACCGCGCCACGUAGUGUCACCGACGCGUGGGUUCGGUGCGUACCAUCAUCACCAUCACCACCAUCACCACCAUCAGGUCAGCUCGUCGAACUAUCACCAUUCGAUGAAGCAAAACAUUGCCUCACCGCCCAUCAACCAGCACAGCUCGUCGGCUGCCGCAUAUCAUCCAUUCCCCACAUACUACUAA